AUGAACACAGCUAUCGGUGCACCAACAAGAUCCGCUAGUGUCAGCAAAGCGUUUAGGUUCGCUGACCUUGCGAUACGUAACGCAGACGUUGGGAGCGAGAGUGAGGUCUUCUUGCGAACGAUACGCAUCGUUCGCGACGAUCUCUUCGAAGUUGAGCGAUUAGUGGCUGUUGGUUCGGUGCGGACAAAACUCGCCUAUACGCCCGAGAGACUCCCUUGGAUCAGAAGUGCUAUCGAGAAUACUACUUCUGCUUUGGAGGACAUUGGAAAAUGGGUGGAUUGUGGCGACGUCGGACAACAUCCUCAUGUCUUGGACCAAUCUCAAAGACUCCGAUACAUCCUCAACGACCGCGAACGAUUAGGUGAUCGCAAAAGCGAACUUGUGGCAUGUCAUCAGCAAUUAUCGAACGUUUUGAGCUUCCUCAAUCGGCUAGAGGACUUACCGACCAGCCAGGAUCUACCGACAUACCAGAACACGACCUACUUUGAUGACAUCGUAUCGAGACAUCAAAGAGUGACCAGUGGGCAUAAAAUGGACACGGCAAUUAAGAUGACCACGGAAGAUAAGUCCCAGACUGUCUGGUGCGAUGCUGCUGAUAAGACUGGGCCAACGAACAACACAUCCCUCCUUACCGAAGCAUUGUUCGCGCAAGAUAUAUGGACCACAGAUCCAGUAAAGUCGGCUUCGCAUUUACUGAGCGAUAAGAGGGAAACCAAGUCAGGCAACGCCACGUUGGGCUACAACACACUCAACAAGGGAUACUCAUCACCUCCAAGCCUACCAAACAGCCCGCCUCCUCUUUAUACAUCGGUAGGACAAUAUAGUCCUCCUUCGCAACCAUCCCAAGGAGAUACUAAGCAGUAUCUCAACACCGAUAGUCUGCGGUGCGGCAAGUGGACACAUGGGCCUACAUACAUCCGGACAGGCACCAAGCCCUUGCUGAACUGGCUGGCGAUUACACCAUGA